GCGUCUAAGAAUUGCAAAAUAUUGUUGAUUGUUGAAUAUUACCACAUUAACUCGAAAUAAAUGUCGAAGUAAAUUCUAUUUAAAACUUUAAUAAUAACAAAAAUGAAGAGAAGAACAGUAACAAAAAAGUUUGCCAUCCUUUGAUCUCAUAUAGUGUGUUCUUCGAUUUUAGAUUUAAAUUGUUUCAAUGUUGGCACUAACUGUAGCACAUGAAGCAUUUCCUAUCCCAAGUAGAAAUUGUGAACUUUGAUAUUAAGAUAUUAAUGUAUUGUACUUGUUUUUACUAUCUGUAAAUAUGAUUACGAAAAAAACUGCAACUACAAGUGCUUCCAGUCGUAAGCAAUCAAUUGAUAGCGAUGGGCAGAGAAAAUAUUUUUUCACCGGUCGCAUACGAGAAUUGGUAGAAGCAUAUAAUGCUGCAGUACAAAUAGUUUUCCCCAAAUAUCCUUGGUAUCUAUAUCCAGGAUAUAUGAUUUAUGCAAUACAUAAACGUUAUUUACAAUAUUAUAAAGGAAAGUUUCAGCUUAUACCAAUACCCAAUGAUCUAUAUGAACAUCUAAUAGAUGAUGAAAUUAUCAAGUCUGAGCAUUACGUAUUUGCAGCACAAGAGACCUACGAUGAAUUUGUAGAAUACCCACCUAAUGUAAAUUUUGUGAAUUUAACAUUUAGCAGCGAAAACAAGUCAGGCAUUAAAAAUUCUCGAAAUAAAAUUGAGAUCACGUCAAAGGAUAAUGCUGCACCCGAAACUGUUAUUCAACAAAUGCUGAAUCAAGCACCACAAACAAUUGUGGCACAAAUAUUACCUACUAUGAACUGUCAACAAGGUUGCUUAUUUGUGCAGGAAAACUUUUACUCAAAUUUAUUGGAUCGAUUUCGAAUAUCCAAUGAUAAUAAUACAUCUACACGUUUAUGGGUGAAACUCGAACAUUUAAACGACGAACAAAAUUUGCCGAAUAUUGCAACUAAAGCUCAUAUAUAUUUAUUAAGUAAUCCAUAUGAGUUGCCGGCCGAAGUGACGGAUUUGAUACUAAGCAGCUAUUUCAGUACACCGCGAUUACUACAUCGUGGGCAUACUUAUCGUAUAGAAAUUAAUGCUCAGUUGAUUGGUACCGCAUCCUAUGCUCAUUAUUACUUAAUAUUUGCUUAUUUGAAACAAAUUUACUUCCGAUGCGUACACCUUGAAGUGAAAGGCAACGAAUUCGAAAUGCAUGCUGUGGUUAAAAAGAAUUUAACCAAUUUGACGCAAGUAAGCCCUAAACAUCAUUUUUUACCACGACAAUUGCUAGAUAACUUAGCGAUUGCAGUCAAUUAUCCGAUUGGGCUUAGGAAAUCAUACAAAAUAUUACGUUCUUCCAUUGACGCGUUUUUGCCUAAAAAAACCGCGUGCCUUUCAUCAAAACAUAUCUAUCCUAUUUUUUUAUUACAAGGUGAACGUGGCAUUGGUAAAUCAAAAUUGACAACUGCUGUUGCAAGAGAUCUAGGAAUGCAUUUGUUUACAAUAGAUUGUGCCGAAGUUGUGUCGCAAGUUCCUUCUCACACUGAAAUGAAAUUGAAAACAAUUUUCGCCAAAAGUCUUAUCAGCGAGCCAUUAUUAAUAUGCUUUCACAAUUUUGAGAUUUUUGGUAUAGACAAUGAGGGCAAUGAAGAUCUUCGACUUUUAUCAUCCUUUCAAGUUCAGAUCCAAGAACUUUUCGCUCAUGAUCGUAAACAUCCAAUAAUAAUUCUAGCACUAACUAAUGAUAAACAAGUAAAACCAUUAAUCCAUCGAAUAUUUUUGGAAGUAAUACAUAUUGAGCCACCAACUAAAGAAGAACGCUACGAUAUACUUCGUUGGUUGCAUACACGUGAACUAUUUAAUCACUUCAUAUAUAAUGAAAAUAAUAUAAAAAAUAUACCUCUUUAUUCCUUAAGAGUGCAAGAACGCUAUAUUAAAAAAUUCUGUAAAAAUUGGUCAGAAAUUAAGCAAAUCUUACUUGAAGUGGCGGAUAAAUCACAAGGUUUCGUAUUAGGAGAUUUGGAAUUAUUACACGAAAAUGCUAUACGUUUAUUGCGUCGUGAACGUUCCGGAAAAUCAAAACUGUCCUAUUCACACUUUUCGACGAAUUUAGCGGAAAUGCAAUCAUCUUUUGCUGAUAGUCUUGGUGCACCCAAGGUGCCGAAAGUAUUAUGGUCAGAUAUUGGUGGUUUAGCUAAAUUAAAGGAUGAAAUACAAAGCAGCAUUGGUUUACCACUAAAACAUGUACAUUUAAUGGGUAAAAACUUGAGAAGAUCUGGUAUACUAUUAUAUGGCCCUCCAGGUACUGGUAAAACAUUGGUUGCCAAAGCUGUUGCGACCGAAUCCAAUCUAAGUUUCUUAUCAGUACAAGGGCCUGAGUUACUUAAUAUGUAUGUGGGUCAAAGUGAACAAAAUGUACGUGAAGUUUUCUCACGUGUGCGGUCUGCUGCACCAUGUGUGCUAUUUCUUGACGAAUUAGACUCAUUAGCACCAAAUCGUGGUGUUGCUGGUGAUUCAGGAGGAGUGAUGGAUCGUGUCGUUUCGCAAUUAUUGGCAGAAAUGGACUGUUUGGGUGAUUCAACAAAACCAAUAUUCAUAUUAGCUGCUACAAAUCGACCAGAUCUAAUUGAUCCUGCAUUGCUAAGACCAGGUAGAUUUGAUAAACUCUUCUAUGUCGGACCAUGCUCUAACAGUGAAGACAAAGCGUCUGUACUACGCGCACAAACCAAAAAAUUCAAUUUGUCAAACGAUUUUAAUGUUGACGAUAUUGCUGAACGUUUGAAAGGUGAUAUGUCUGGGGCUGAUUUAUAUUCAGUAUGCUCAAAUGCCUGGCUUUCAGCUGUAAGGCGUACAAUUGAUAAACAUCUUAAAGGUGAUAUUAAGACAGCUAAUCUAGUUGCUGAAAAUGUUGUAGUGGAAAUGGAUGAUUUUGUUAAAUCAUUUGGUAAAUUUAUACCAUCCAUAAGUAAACAAGAUUUGGAAUACUUUAAUCAAUUAAAAUCUUCGUAUAGCGUUUAGAGAAUUAUAGGACAAAGUCUUAUGAUUUGAAAUAAUUUAAGAGGGGUUGGAAAAUGUUUAUAGUUAUUGAUUUGUUUCUAUUUUUGAAUAAAGUUAUUGAAAUUUUUGACCGUU